AUUCUAUAAAUUUCUUUCCACGUUCGUAGAACCACUUGAACAGCAAUGGCUUUUCAUUCCCUCUCCCAACUCUUCUUCUUGUUGCUGUUUCUUCCAACAUUUGUUGUUUCUCAGACAUCUAAUAUCACUUUGGGAUCAUACCUUGUGUCUUCUAAAGAUUCACCUUCAUGGAAAUCUCCUUCUGGUGAUUUUGCCUUCGGAUUUUACCAGCUUCAGAAUCAAGACCAGUUCCUGCUGGCCAUUUGGUUUGACAAAAUUCCCAAUAGAACGACUGUUUGGUAUGCAAAUGGAGAUAAUCCAGCAUCACAGGGAUCAAAGGUUGAGCUUACUAGAGAUGGCAAACUCACAUUAACUUCCCCAAAUGGCCUAAUCCUUUGGAACGCCGCAUCCACAGUUGAUGGCACUACUUAUUCUAUUGAGGGGGCUGCUUAUGCUGCUUUGCUAGACACCGGUAACUAAGACGGGCGGAGCAACAUGGAGACACUGGGAUUUGGAAUAUAUAUAUAUAUAUAUAUAUAAUUUAUUAAUUAUUAUUAUUAAAAUUUUAAGUAUUGU